AUAUAACCCAAAUCGCCUUCUAAUUAAAAUCACCAAAACAAAAUAAUACUAUAAGUAGUAAUGGCGGAUCUUCACCCCCUCAUCGGGACUAAUGAUCACCGCCAGCAGCAGCCGCCGUCGAGCUCCCACAGCGGAAGCGAACACUUGGCUGAAGAAUGUCUCUCCGAGAUGGUGGUUGAUUUUCUUGAAGACUACGACGGUUGCCGGAGUAGCUGGGCGGAGGACGAUCUUACGGACGGGGAGGCAAUGGAUGUAAUGGCGGCGGGGGAGGGCGAUUGUAGGGAGGCGGUGGGGGAAAUUCGGAGAAUGGUGAGUGUGAAGGGCGGGAAUAAUGUGGAGGGUUAUAGAGAAGUGCUUGUGGAUAAUGUUCGGGCAGCGGCUUCUUCGUUGGAGGGCGUCGUAUCGCGACGGAGGUUGGUGUUGAUUCUUCGUGAGCUUCAUUACAAUGCGGCGAUCUGUAAGACGAAAUGGGGAAGCUCUCGAGGUGUGGCCGCCGGGGACUAUGAGUUCGUCGACGUGGUGAAUGGGAACAUCCGGUACUUGAUCGACACAAACUUUCGAGCGCAAUUCGAGAUUGCGAGGGCCACAGUCCAAUACAAAGAGUUAUUAAAAUCAUUGCCUUUAAUUUUCAUCGGAACGGUAGAGGAGUUGAAGAAGAUGGUGAGGAUCAUGUGCGACGCUGCAAAGGUAUCACUAAAUCAUAGGAAUCUGUCAGUACCUCCAUGGAGAAAAGGCAUUUACAUGAAGAACAAAUGGUUGGGACCAUAUCGUCGAACUAUAAAUCCAAUUCACGAAGAAAAGUCUCCGACGACUACACUAGAUAAUUCCACUAGUUGGGCAGUCAAAUGUAGGUGACUACAAAUGUGGAGACAAACAUUAAUGUGUCAUCUGUUUGUGUGAGAUCGAUUAAGGCAGGUUGAUAAUUAAGAUGAUGGAUUUAGUGAUUAAGUAAGAGAUUUUACUUUCUUCUUCUUCUUUUUUUUUUUUCUCUCUCUCGUGAACCUAGAAAAGGUAUGGAGUAAAUAUAAAGUUUUUCUUUUCCCCUUUUUGGGUUGGAAUUCUAGGCUUUUUAGUAAGGUGAGAGAUGUCAACCUCAAAGCUUCAAGGACAUACAUGACUUUAAGCCUAGUUGAGCUAUGUUGAGGUUGUUUAGUAGAAUUUUCUUUUCUUUUUUAUUUUAUUUUUAAAUCAGACAUAGAUUGUACACAUAUUUGUACCCAAAGUUUUAAUUCAAACUUUUUUUUCUAGCUA